UGAAAUCAAAACUUCCAUUUCCUCCAUUAUUAGCAAUCUUCUCUUCUCCUUUGAAGCAAUAGAGACACAACACUGUUUGCUCUCUCUCUUUCUCUUAAGCUCUUUAUGUUUCCUUAAAAUCAUUUCACAAUACACAAGACUGAGUUUCUUGUGUUUCUUCUCUUCCCUGGCAUGAAGAAAGUGCUCUGCUUCAUUUACCAUUUUUGCUAUGAAGUAUAUAAGAUCCAACAGCUUGAAAAGGCUUUUCUCAUUAAAAAGACGAGGCCUUGAAGAAGGAAUCAUCACUCUAGAAGACAACAAUGGAAUAUCUAACUCUAAGUUUGUUCAAGAACCAGAGCAUUCUCCAAGACCUGCUUGGAAAUGCUUCUCUUAUCAAGAAAUCUUUGAGGCCACCAAUGCUUUUAGCUCAGAGAACCUGGUGGGGCAAGGAGGAUAUGCAGAGGUUUACAGGGGAGUUUUAAGAGAGGGACAGAAGAUUGCAGUAAAAAGGUUAACAAAAGCUUGUAAUGAUGAGAGGAAAGAGAAGGAGUUCCUGACAGAGAUUGGAACAAUUGGUCAUGUGUCUCAUCCCAAUGUGUUAUCUCUUUUAGGAUGUUGCGUUGACAAUGGGCUUUAUCUCAUCUUCCAUUUCUCCUCUAGAGGCUCUGUUGGUUCCCUUCUCCAUGAUGAGAAAAUUCCAGUUAUGGAUUGGAAAACAAGAUACAAGAUUGCCAUUGGGACUGCCAGAGGGCUCCAUUACUUACACAAGGGAUGUCAAAGAAGGAUUAUUCACAGAGACAUUAAAUCUUCAAAUAUUCUGUUGACAACUGAUUUUGAACCACUGAUUUCUGAUUUUGGUUUGGCAAAAUGGCUUCCAUCUCAAUGGACUCACCAUUCAAUCGCUCCAAUUGAAGGAACUUUUGGGCACUUAGCACCUGAGUACUAUAUGCAUGGAAUAGUAAAUGAGAAGACAGAUGUGUUUGCAUUUGGAGUCUUUCUGCUGGAAAUUAUUUCUGGCAGGAGACCAGUUGAUGGGUCUCACCAAAGCAUACACAGCUGGGCUAAACCAAUAUUGAAACAAGGAGAGAUUGCAAAGCUGGUAGAUCCAAGGGUUGGAGGGGCCUAUGACGCUUCACAGCUGACGAGACUUGCCUUUGCUGCAUCUCUUUGUAUCCGGGCAUCUUCGACGUGGCGCCCUACCAUGAGUGAGGUAUUGGAAGUUAUGCAAGGGGAAAUAGACAAAGAAAUGUGGAAAAUGCCAAAGGAAGAAGAGAAAGAAGAAGAAUUCUGGGUAUUUGAAGAUCUAGAAUAUGAAUGUGACAGCUCCUCCUCAACUUCUCCACAAGAUUCAACCUCAACCAGAAGUUCUUUACCAUAUUAACUCAAUUUCCAAUGCAUAAUUGCACAUGAGAUCACGAGUUUAGCCUCAAACCGUCACUUAAAAAAAGAGAUGAUGAUGCAUUAGGUGCUUUAAUAAAUUCUAGCCAACGCCUUUCUGGGCAUGUAAAUACAUUAUUAAUACAUAUAAAAGAAGGUGUUUUUAGUAGCAA